AUGUCAGAGAAAUUGCCAAAGUUGAGCCAGAAAAAAGCUAGGUCUUAAUCAUUAUAUGAGAAUCAAGUUGCCACUAAAAAACUAAAGGAAUCAUUGUACAAUUUAUAAACAAGUCGUUAUGGUUAGAAGCCUUAAAAAAACCCUGUUAUAGAAUCGAUUGUUAGGGAAGCUGACUUAGUUCUGACAAAUUAACAUCUAAAGGAGAACUUAUUUAAGCUAAAGGAUCUAGGGUUGUUAAGGAAUUGUUAGCCCAGAAUACAGACCUAAUCGGGGUUGAAGAAGAAAGAUUUUAUAUUAAAUGAUUAUCAUAAUAAAAGCACAAUAAAUGGAUAUUCGAGGAAUUAUGGCGGAUUGUUUUAUAAUAGAUGA